AUGUAUAAAGCCCCUUUUUGGCUCAUUUUGGGCAGAAUUCUCUCUCAAGUUAGAGAGAGAAAUAAGAGAGAGAGAGAACUAGAGAAAGAGGGGUGGCCGGUGGCGGCGAUUCGCGGUGGCCGGUGGUGGCCGGAGGUGAUCGGACUUGUGAGAUUCAACCUGGAACCAAUUAUCGAUGCUACGAACGCAAUGAAUGAAAGGAUAGGAAUCACAUUAGCAUGGACUCAAACGCGGAAGGCUACAGGUCAAGAAGAUGCAAGGAAACAAACACGAAUACAGACGCUUGAGGUAUCGCUCGUGUUUCCGCUACCAUUAUCGAAAUGACGUGGGCUUAGUUCGAGUUGAGAUCAAGGAUUGUACGGGGUAGAAAGGUCACAUAGUCUGACUCAUAUAGGUCUUGAAGCAUUACUGUUAUAAAAAGCUGUAAAUCCGUUUUAAUGAUUAUAUGGCAUUUCGUACUCGAAACUUCAUGUGAUAGAUAUGUCUAAUUAAGAACAAAUUUUUGGGUUCAUAUUC